AUGUCGAGGCAGCAGUGGACAAAUGCAAGUCCUGAGAUUCAGAGCGCCGGAAUAGAGACUGACGCAUCCACAGCCCUCAAAGACCUGGGAACCGACUACCUGGACCUGUAUUUGAUGCACUGGCCGGUCGCGUUUGCCGCAGGUGAUAAAUGGUUUCCAUUGAACGACGACGGCGUCUUUAAGCUGGAAGAAAUCGACCCGGCGGUGACGUACAAGGCCAUGGAGAAGCUGCUAUCGACUGGCAAGGUGAAGGCCAUCGGGGUCUCAAACUUCAAUAUACGACGACUAGAAGAUCUGCUGGGAAAGGUAGAUGUCGUGCCCGCAGCAAACCAAGUGGAAGCGCAUCCAUAUUUGCAACAGCCGGACCUCCUACGCUUCUGCCAGGAUCACAAGAUCCUCCUGGAAGCGUACUCCCCUCUCGGCAACAACCAAACUGGCGAGCCACGGACGGUGGACGACGCGGUAGUGCAUGAGGUUGCGAAAGAGGUCGACAUGGAUCCAGGUGUUGUGCUUGGGAGCUGGGGGGUGCAGAGAGGUACGGUGGUCUUGCCGAAGAGCGUAACGCCGUCCAGAAUCGCGUCGAAUCUCAAGGUGAAAGAGCUUCCACAAGAUGCUUACGAGACACUGAACAGCCUGGAAAGGCAGAAGCGUUUCAACCAGCCGCUGCGAUGGGGUUAUGACAUUUUCCAGGAGGCUGGUGAAGACAAGGUCCGGCAGCUUGCUCAAGACUCUGCGGCGGAGAACAAGACCAAGUUUACCGUUUAG